AUGUUCGUGAAUGAAGAACGACUACAUAUCAAUGGAUUAGUAAUAUUAGCUGAAGAAGAAGUAGACAAGGUAAUAUUGGCUCAUUAUGGAGUCAAAUUUGGUUGUGGUACCCGAGCUCUUCAUUAUCAUUUGACGGAGGUUUGUGAUCAUCUGGAGCUUAUUUUUUGUGAACAUGGAACACCAACCAUUAUCCAAACUGAUCAAGGUACUGAGUUUCAAGGUUUAUUCGAUGAGCUGUGUCUUAAAAGAAACAUUAAACAUAUUCGAUCUCGUGCUUAUCAUCCUGAAUCUCAGGGAAAAGUAGAAAGAUUAAAUCGAUCUUGGAAAAAUAAAAUGUUUUUUGAUGUAUUUAUCAAUGGUAAUACCAAUUGGGCUGCUAGUCUACCCUCUUAUUCUCAAAUUUAUAAUACGUCCAAACAUCGUGGUCUUGGAAACCUGACUCCUUUUUUUGUAUAUUUUGGUCGUGAAGCUGUUAUCACAACUAGUUCAAGCAUGAAUAUUGAUGAAGAAGAAAUCGAACAACUACUUUGGGUACGCGUGUACUUCAAGGAUAUUUGCAUGAGAGAUGCUACCGCAUUAUUACAGCCAUUAGAACAAUGGUUUUAUGAAUUGUUAUGUUUUUUAGAUCAUGUUAUGGUAAAAUUAAGUGGCAAAAAAUUUGACUUGUAUAAAAGAAAAAAUAUCAUUUGUCCUGGCAUUGUUAUGCAAACAAAAGAAGCUGAUUUUUUAUACUUAGUGCAAUAUGAAUAUAGUGAUCGUAUUCGAGAAGAUUGGUUUUUUGUGGAUAAUAUAACUUGUCGAACCGUUCAAGAACAAGAACAACGACUAGAAAGUGCAGCUAAGAGAACAAGAAAAGAAAACUCAAUGUUAAAGAAUACGGUAAAGAAAUUAAAAACAGAGCAUCAUGAAUUCAGUCCAAAUGGUUCUAAAAAGGAAUUAAUGCAAAAUGUUUACUGUGAUUUAGGUGAACAUAGCUUCGAAAUUCCUUUUUUCUAUCCUGAAACAGCUGAUGUUUUGAGAGAGCGACAAGAAAAGGAAAAAUUAAAAAAUUGUAUUUUUUGUGUUCCAGCUGUUCCCAAUAAUGGUGGUUGUGUGGUUCAAGGAAAUCUAACCUUAAUUUUUCUUGCAACUUGUACUCUAGACUAUUUUCUAUCAUUUAUUCGCCUUGCUUUUCUUAAAAAUAAUCAUCUACAAAAUUUUCUCAAAGCUUCAACACAAACAAAUAUUGUAGCUGAAACACUUCUUGAGAUGGAACCUUUAUUGCGGGCAUUAGAUUGGAAUAUGGCACGCUUUAUUUGGGCAAAAAUGAUCGGUGUUGUUGAUCGAGCAUUGGAUGAGCAGCAUCGAAGUGCAGCGGUGUUUAAACAAUUAAAGAAUAAGAUGGAAAAUGAGCUUUAUGAAUGGCAAAUGGCUGAACAUCGUUGCAUAGAGGAAAAGAUGAUAGCUGAUAUUUACGUGAAUUGUUUCGGUUCUGAAGAUGAGUUUUUUGCAAAUCACUUGGCUAAUCUCGUACAAAACGUGCUCAAUGGUCAACUACAGGAUCCAGUUGUUGCUCAAUAUGAUACUCGAUAUCCAGAAACUUGUGGUGUUGAAUUAGUGAAGUGGUCAACGAGUACGCCAGUCCCGAAACAUGCUGAACUGAAAUACGUGAAAAUAAUAAAGAUCAUGGAAGAUAAUAAUAAUUCAGAUGAAUCAGGUCUCUAUGUCGUCUGUGCUGGUGAACGUUCGUUUGGAACGCCAGCAUUUUUAUACAGUACAUAUCCACCGCUCUUAAUGAUUUCUAAUGUCGAUCCAGCUAUUACAACUUCUAAUGUUCCACAUCAUAUUUAUGUCAAACAACAAAAGUAA